CCUGUUGACCUCGACCUCUUUGAUGGCGCUGCGUGUAUCACGUGCUUCAGCGCCAGAGCCGGUGAGAGCUUGGACAUUGCCGUCCGGUGUGCAUGUGUCCCUUCUUCGAGACGGAGAUGGAAAACACUUUGCACAAAGGUCUGUGACGGCUCACCUGGUGGGGCGACUGCCCAACGGUUGCAUCUUCGAAAGCACCGAGGGCAAAGGCGGAGAUCCCAUGGCGAUGGUGCUUUCGAAAGGGGCGGUGAUCCCAGGUAUGGACUUGGCCAUGCAGGAGCUCACUUUGGGCUCCAUAGCGGAGAUCCGGAUUCCAUCAGAGCUGGCCUAUGGAAAGAAAGGCAUUCCUCGCAUUGUACCACCUGACUGUGAGCUGAUUUUUGAAGUUCAUAUCCUGGAAGCCGAUGGCGUUCUGUGUGCCAAAGACCAGUGUGAUAGACUGCCACCUGCAGCUGUGCCGGAGAUCGGACCGAACGAUUUUCAUCAUCCCUGGUGGCUGGCCCGGGUAGAGUUACCAUCUCCGCCGCUGUACUAUUUGAAUUUCUGCGCUCAAACCGCCAAAGAACGAACGCCUGUUCUCUUGGAGAACGCUAGGUCGGUGGCGCGGCGUUCCUCCAGCGAGCUGACCAAUUUCGAUGUUGGAACUGCAGAGGAACCUUUCAUCAUUACCGAUGCGCAAAGUGAAUGGAGGGCACGUGGAGUUUGGAAUCUUCAGUGGUUUAAAGAUCAUUUGGGCGACAAACGGCAGCUGUUGAAAUGGCUUGGUCCUGUCUUUACACGCCAAGAAAGCCUAUGGGAAGCUCCCAUGUAUGAAACUUCCGUCAAGGACUAUAUCAACUACAUGGAGGAUCUUGAGAAGAAAGAUCCGGACUGUGAGGAGCACAACGCAGCCCAAUGCCCACGGUUCUUUGGAUUUGACGAAGUCAUUUUUUUUGAAUCCUGUGUGUACAAAGAAUGCGUAUAG